GUGACGUAUGGGACAAAAACGUUCACGUUUUUUUUAGGUUGGCAUGGAUUUCUGGUGAUUAACAAAACUCACGGGGUUGAUUUCGUCUUUGUUCGGCAACGUCACCAUUUUCUUAAUCACUUCGAACAGGUUUUACGUCUUAAACCAGGAGGUCCAUGGGGGUGAACCCUGCAGCACAAUGAAGCUAAAACUAACGAGCGUUAGCACGGGAAACGGAGUUGCUAACAUUACCUGCUUGGGAAAUGGCCACUAGCAAUAUUUGAGGAAAAUGAAGAGGAAAGUGGCCAAAUUAAGACUAAGUCCGAACGAAGAGGCUCGGAUAAUACGAGAGGAACAUGAACGGAGGAGAAAAUUACGAAUACAGCAGGUGCGGGAACAGCAGAGGUACAUCGCGCUGCAGAUCCGCAGAGAGGUUGAGCAGAGACGGCAGCGUGAGCUGGAUCAGCUGGAGCAGAAGCUCAGGGAGGACUGGGAGCGACAGCAGAGGGACAAGCUCCACGCGCUGCAGAGGCUCUACCAGGAGAGCCUCCAGCUUGUUGGUCAGGGACACAGGAAUGCAAAAGAAAACGAGCCUGACUUGGAAGCCAUAGCUCAGAGGGAGGAGGAAAAUCAUGUCAAAGCAGAGGAGCGUUAUCGUGAAGCCCUGAAGGAGCUCAAAUUGCAAAGGCUUAAAGAUGACGAGAGGCAAAGCCGAUCCAUCAAUGCCAGGAGGAAGGCACUACAGACCGAAAAGGAAAGAUCAGCAAAAGUGGCCAGCCUCCCCGCGCCUCUCCCAAACCCCAUUCAGCAGAGCAUCGAUUCCAAGAAGCCGUGUGUAGUCAAGAAAUCUGACGUGAGUGCCUUUGCAGCCACGCAUUACCACAUGCCUGAGAGCACCGUGGACAGAGAGGCCGACUCGAAGCAGCCUAAUGCCCACGAGGGAGCUGAGCUGGAGGUGAGGAGACUGCAGGACUUGCAGAGGGAGGAAAAGAGGAGGAGAGAGGAGCAGCUCGAGAAGGCUCACCUUAGAGGGAAGGAGGCACUGAGGAGGGAACGUGUUGUCCAGGAUCGCGAACGUUUAUUCGUUGAACUGGAGCACAUGCAGCAGACUGACUUGCUGAGGAGGAGACAGCAACUGUCCCAGGUGCCUCCUCAGAUCUUCCAGCCUCUCCUAAAGGGACAGGAGAUGAGGGAGGACUUCCAGAGGGAGAUAGAGUUUGUCUUUGAGGACAUGUAUACCGGAGAGAGGAGGGUCAAAGGUGACCUGGUGGUCCAGCUGGUACCCGAGCCUCUGCCAGCUCCGUCCACAGGCAGCCAGGACCAAGAGCUGGAUGUUACCCUGGAUGAAAUCGCCUCGCAAGGAGCAGUACCAACACAACAUGAUGCUGAGCAGGAAGCGGGAUGCACUGAAGAGGAGGCAUCUGCUCAAGCAGAGUCUUUCAAACCUGCUCCCAGACGGACUUUGAAGAAACUCCUGGAUCGCAUCAGGAGCCAGAGGAACCAGUGGACUGACCCUGCAGCCGAUUCACCGACCGCCAUCACGGCUCAGAUCCCAGAGCGGGACACGACCAUCGACACGGGCUCUCUGACCAGCGGGGAGAACGGCCCCCUGACCCCCACGGAGCUUCCUGAGCCGGCCCACUCACCGGCGUCUGAGACAACGGAGCCAUCGUACGCAGCAGGUCAUCCACUUCCUGAUGGACUUGCAAGCAGAGUCCAAGAGUUUGAAGAAGAACGAAAGAGACGGGAAAAGGAGCUUGACAGGGAGAAGCAGCAGCAGGUGGUUUUGCUUCAGGAGCUGGAAGAGCAGAAGGCCAAAUUGGAGCAGAUGCUGCUCGAGGCCCAGCAGGAGAGAGAAGACCUGAAGGCUGUUGUGACCCGGGACGAACCCGUCAGCCAACCAGAAGUACCUGUCCAUGACCAGGAAGUCACCUCUGUCACUGCCACUGAGCUGGUGCCUCCUGCAGGUGAAGAUGACCACACCAGACGGAUUAAAGAGUACCAACAGCGGCUGCUGGAACAAAAUAGGAUUCACCAGAAGUCGGUGGAAGUGGCUCGUCAUCGCCUGGAGGAAUACCAGCGAGCUCUGCAGAUUCGUUACAACAUGACCGCCAUGUCGUCGGCACCUCCGGGCUUCGUUCGCCCUCCUCUGCACGGCCCUCGGUCUUCGCAUCUUCCAGCUCCCCCGCAGUUCUUUACGACCCCUGCGGCGACCGCAUGCAUCCACGCCAAACCGCAACCCCCCGUGGAACUUCCCCCGAGGGAGUCUGACAUGUCGGCUCUGCCCGCACGACUUCCCAGCGCGAGCGUUGGCUCCAAGCGGUCACCGCUGGAUGAAGUUGGAUCUUUUCCGAGCGAUCUGAUGAACCGGGGGCCGGAUGUCAGCGCGUGGCUGACCGACAACAUAAUGCAGAGAGUGACGGAGCACCUUCCAGAGAGAGUGAGGCCCUUCUCGGAGUCGCCGCCUCACAAACGGUUCCCAACGCAACAUUCAGCCAGCUUCCUGACCCAGCCGCCCUCUGAUCCCAUCCAAGCCAUCAGCUCGCGCAUCACAGAUAGGGUACCUCUGGUCGAGAGGGGGCCCGCGCCACGCGGCUCCGCGCCGUCCAGGUCCCCGAGCUCCACGGAGGACGAGGAUGACGACAUGGAGAGUCAGAGACGAGAGCUGCUGGAGGUCCGGAGACGAGUGCUGGAGCAGAGGGAGGCCGUGGCGCUGCAGCAGAGGCGGCGAGAAGAGGAGAGGCAGAGACGGGAAGAGCAGCGACGGAGACAGGAAGCAGAGAUGGAGCAGAUGAGACGGCAAAAUGAGAUGCUGCAGGCUCUGAUUCAUACUGAAGAACAACCACAGCCAGUUCCAGAGGCUGCCCGUGAAGUGUUGGUUUCAGAGGACAUCGGUCAGACCCGCAUCAAAUUACUCUCGUCCCUGCUGAGAGCCAUAGAGGAGUCGAACGGAGGAACUUUAUCUCAUUUGGAAGACCCGCAGGUGAAAGACUGUUCCCCUACACAACGGCCCUCUGUCAGUAGUGAGAAAGAUCUCAUCUGUCAGAGCGAUGUUCCUGCCGGACCUGCCCCAGCUUCAGCCUUCCCCUCAGAACUCUUCCCCCCUCCUCCUCGAGCAGCAAAGCCCCCGGUGACCCGCAUCAGGCUGGGCGCCAUGGAGAUGAUGACGGAGCAACACGAGCUCAGUGCUAUUCAGGAGGUGGAGACACCGGUCAACGCCAGCCGAGUCGCAGGCCCACUGGAGGAUAGUGCGACAGUCCGCUCACACACUCUAGGCUGGGAUCGGCAGGAGGACUCUGAAUCGUCGAUGUCGUCUGACAGGACCCUGCAGACCCCCUCUUGGUCCAGCGGUGUGCAGCGGACAUCUGAACGAUCAACCGGCUCUGGGACGAGCUCGGGGAGAUCCAGCCAUCUCUUUUGGAGAGAGAUGCUGCUGAUCGGGGCAGAGACGUCUUCAGAAUCCUCAGGGACUGAAUCAAUCCUAAGGAUGAUCUCACCGCUUUCGCCUGACUCUGGGAGAGGAGCCGACUACUCUGGUCCUGCGGUCACAAGCAACAGACCCUCCACAGAGUCUGCACGUAGGACUCCAGAUCCUGACUGCCUCUCCUCCAUCUCCACCGGCAGCUACAUCACCACCGAUCCCGAGCUAAACGUCGAUGCAGAUAAAUCCCCGCCGCUCGGACAUUGUCCAAAACCAGGACGAGGAGCAGAUUUUCUUGAAGUCUCCUCUCCGUCCGCUCAAAGCUCCCGUAUCGAGGACAGCUCAGCCUCUGGCCGUCCUGGUCUGGCUGUUUCCUCUCUGUUUAACGACAGCAGCAUCCAGCACAUUAUAGACAGAUACACACGGGAGCUAAACAUCUCCCUCAACGCCGCUGGCAAAACCACAGACAGCGACGGCUCAUACGUGGAGGAACCCGGCUCUUCAGUUUCCCAGCAGGCUUUGGUUCGAGUCUCGAAGAGCAGGGGGGAGGAUGAAAGCUCCGCGGCUCUCCGCUCUCUUCCCCCAGACACUGCAGGAAGUGGCCUGGAUUUGCACAAUGGCAUCAAUCUGAUCCCGGAGCACUUCUCGGGCGAGGACCCGUCACUGGCUGAGGAGCAGGACUCUUUCAGACCUCUGAUUGGCCAGCUCACAGAGCAGUCGUCCUGCCUCGCCGCCGACCAGAGGGACUCGGCCAUGGAGCAGUUGGUCGGUCAACCGUCCGCUCACUCGUCCAUGAUCGGUCAGCUACCAGGCCCGCCGGUUUCGGUGAGCUUCAACAACGGCGGAUGGGAUUCCACUCUGAGUCGGCUGAUCGGUCGACUCUCCCGACAGUCCAGCUCCCAUUCGCUGAGCGGCGGGCAGGACUUCUACGCCGGCCAGCUGACGGGAGCGGGGGCGUCCGAGGAGUCCACCGCAUGGCUGGAUGGAGGUCCGGGGGAGAGCCGGAUGAGGCUGCUGGUUGUGGAGCUGGAUGAGUCUGCUGGCCAGCACAGUGGAAGCUCAGCCCGUGUGGAUCUUGGUGUCUCGACUGAGGCCCGUGUGCCGUCGUCGCCCCCCGAAGCCUCGCAGCACAGCCCCUCGGCCCCUGGUUUGAAUCCACAGACUGUGCAGAACCAACCUAGUCCAAUGCACCUGGGCCCAGAGAGGACUGAAGCUUCAGUGCUUCCAGACUCUGACUCGUUCCACCCGCUGCUGGCUGAGGUCACGCACAACGAAACGGCAGACCCCUCCAUGAUCUUUCACCUGCCCGAACACGAUGGACCUACAUCUCCUGAGGGAGCACAGAAUAGUGUUUCUGAGGAGUUUGAAGCCCACGACGACCCGUCUGUCGAGUCCGAGCCGUCACCCGAGCGCCUCAGAGAGGAGCCGCCGCCCGGCUGCGCGGCAGCUUCCCCCGCCUCGCAUGACUCCUUCUCCCAGCUCGUCACCUCCCAGUGCCACCCCGAUGAAUCUGUCCUCAUGCUGUCUCUCGCUGCGGGGCCAGACGUGGAGCCAACAGCUCUGAGCUUGUCCCGUUUAACAAUGUGUGACGAUCCAACUCAUGUGGACACGCCGCUGCCAGAGGGAGCGGUGGCAGACAGAAAUCAUGUCUGGCCUUUCUCAGAUAAGAUAUUGGAAGCUGCCGGUGAGAAGGGGAUCCUAGAGCAGUCGGAGAUCACACUGGUGAGCCUGACCGACACCACGCUGCAGGACCAAGAGACGACCGACACUGAGGAAGGGGGAAUGUGGGACGACGAUCAUCCAGACGGAGUGGAGGAAGAAGGACGGCAAGCCCAAGAGACGGAGGGGUCUGAUUCCACGUCGUCGCAGGAAGGGACUCCAGAAGACGAGAACCACACACACCCAGAUCCAGUGACGCUCCUGGAGUUUCAGUGGGGUUCCAGUAGAGGCCUGCAGGAGGUCCACCAGCAGAAGCGCAGUGCGCUGCUCCAGAGAUCGUCCCGCAGGGUGGAGGAGAUCAAGGCCAAAGGGGCUCUCGCCAAGGUGCAACCUGAGAUCCGCGCUCCAUCAGAAGCCAGAGAGCAGCCUAAAGCUAAGGAAUCUAAACCAGUCCCCUGUAAAGCUAAGGUGAAGUCAGAAACUCGACAUAGACCUGAUACCAAGUCAAAGGGGGGACACCCUGAGCCGCAUCAAACUACUGAGAAAUCUGGCUCCAUCAAGCAGAAAAAGCCCCAGCUCCCUCCUCCAGUGGUCGAGGUGAAGAACUGCACACCGGAGCAAAGGAAGCGGGAUGUUUCUGUGAUGCACCACCGAACUCAGAGACUGUAUGAGCAGCUGGAGGAGGUGAAGCAUCAGAAAGCCAUCAGGAACCGACAGCAAGCUUAUGCAAAAAACAGACUGAAGGCCAAAGAGUUCCACGAGAAAACCUUACAGAAGCUUCGUGCCAAGCAUCCUCUGAAUGUGUCCUAGUUCUCACCAGUGUAAAGUUUGUAUUUGAUCAAUAAAGCAUUUUAAGUUAUUUAAAUCCA